AUGUUUGAAAACGUCGUCACUCCUCGACUGCAUGUCAAACAAAGCUGGGUCCAACCCAUCACGAAUUUGCCUGCUGCACAUAACAUCCUCAAUAUCCGGUCCGAUAAGGAAGACGUCCAGCUCAAGGAAACCCUGGAACGAAGCAUCCGUACUGCCCCCCAUGAGGAUGGAGAGGCUGCACUGCCCGAUCUCCUGCUCUGGGACGAGAAGGGACUACGGUAUUUUGAAGAGGUCACUUACACUCCAUCAUACUACUUGACCAACGAGGAAAUUGGGCUACUGGAGAGACACAAGUAUCAGAUCGUAGAGCAUAUCCCGUCCGGGAGUAUGUUGGUCGAACUAGGCAGUGGUAACCUCCGCAAGAUCCGAAUCUUACUCGAGGCCCUUGACGAACUGGGUCGCGAGGUGGAUUACUUUACUUCGCCCUGGAUCUCUCCUAUCCCGAACUCCAACGGACACUUAGUUCGGUGCCACCGGGACGAUUCCUGCAUGUUUAUCAAGAAUGGGUUAGUGCGAGCCAAUGAGAUCAUGGGCCAUGAAGCCUUCGAUCUCGACCUGUGGGACGUCCAGGGCGUCUGGGAUGCAGAGAAUGGCAGCCAUAACCAAUAUUACUUCCCUCGCAGCAAUGUCAAUCUCGCAGGGAAUAUGAUCUCCUCGGGGACGAAAUUACUAGCGGUCAAGAGCCAUAAGUACGAUGCGGAGGAUCGAGAGACGUUGUGUCGGACGGCGGGACUGCAGGAGGAGGAUUGCUGGGCCUCAGACACGGAUUACAAUCUUCUGCUCCUGAAGCCGACUCGUUCUUCGCUCAGCGAAAACAUGUUUCAUGAUGACGUCAGUUGA